UGUAUGUGUCCAUUGGGUGUUUGGGGGCGACCACACGCGGCCCACUUUUCCCAACAGGUUUUCGCAGUCAAUCCUCUCUGCCCAUCUUUGCACUUUCGACAUCCCCCAACCCCAACCCCAAACAUCAUGCCCACCUACCUCCCCUCCUUCUCCCUCUCCAAGAAAACCGCCCUCGUCACCGGCGCCGGCCGCGGAAUCGGCAAAGCCCUCGCCAUCGGCCUCGCCGAAGCCGGCGCCGACGUGGCCAUCAUCGCCCGGACCUCCGCCGACUUGGACGCCGUCGCCGAUGAAAUCCGCAAAUUGGGCCGGCAAUGUUACCCCGUCACCGCUGACCUCUCCCAGAAGGACGCCGCACACCAGAUCGUAGACUCUAUCGUCUCCCAACUCCCCCCAGGCCGCCACAUCGACAUCCUAAUCAACAACGCGGGCACCAACAUCCGGAACAAAGCCCUCGACGUAACAUCAGAUGAAUGGGACACCAUCAUGUCCACCAACCUCAAAUCCGCAUUCACCCUCUCCCAAUCCGUCGCAGCCCACAUGAAACACCACAAUGUCUCCGGUCGUAUCAUCAACAUCUCCUCCGUCGCCGGGUCGGUGGCAUUACGCACGGGAGUGGUCUACGGCGCAUCCAAAGCCGCGCUGGACCACAUGACGCGUAUCCUCUCAUUGGAAUGGGCGCCCUUUAAUAUCAGAGUGAAUGCGAUCGGGCCGUGGUAUUUCCGCACGCCGUUGACGGAGGGUGUGUUGGGGGAUGAGAAGUAUUUGGGGAGUGUGUUGGAACGCACGCCGAUGGGGAGGAUUGGGGAGGUGGCGGAGCUUGUGGGGCCGGCGGUGUUUUUGGCGAGUGAUGCGAGUGCGUAUGUUACGGGCCAGGUUUUGUUGGUGGAUGGGGGGAUGAGUGUUUUUGGGUUUUGAGGUGCGGUGUGAGAUGGCGGCGUAUGUUCUGCACGAGAUCCGGGAUGUCCGCCGGAGUUCGAACGCAGUGUUCCAAUUGGCGCUCCAUCAGAGAGAGAAGAGAGUGAAGUAUUGGUGU